AUGAGGCUGUUACCUCCUCAACUCCAGCCCGAAGCCUCACACCCCUUCGGGAAGCAGCCGGUAUCGUCCGCCACACCGAAUACGUCACGUCCCGUGGGUCCCCCCCGAGAAGCAGCCGAAAACUGCGCUUCGGACCCGCACCGCGAUCCGGCCCCUGGCCCGAGACGGAACCGCUGGUGGCAGCGCUGCUGCCGGGAGAGCGAGUCAGAUGGCAACCCUAGCACAGAAGAUGAAUCCAGUAAGGGGCAGGAGGAUUUAUCUCCCCACCCGCUCCCCAGCUCAUCCGACAGCGUUACCAGCCUCAGCCUUCCCGGCCACACGGAACCCGUCUACAUGCAGCAGCUCGGAAACACUAAAAUAGCCUUGAGUUCAUCUGGCGUCUUGUUGAAUGGAAACCUCGUGCCUGCCAGUACCUCUCCUGUCUUUCUCAAUGGUAGCUCUUUUCUUCAGGGACCCAACGGUGUCAUUCUCAAUGGACUCAGUGUGGGGGCUUCGCAGACGGUUACCUUAAAUUCGCCCAAAACCACGUCAAGCGUUGUGAGCAACGGGGUGUCCAUUACUGACAUACUGUCAUCUUCAUCAGAAGAUGUUAAGGACUUCAAACUCCUUCAGGCUUCAGUCCCCAAUGCCACGGCAGCCACCUUCAGCCCCAGUAACAUCCCGGUCUCAUUCCCGGGUUUGAUACCAAGCUCAGAGGUGAAAAGGGAAAGCGUACAAACUGCUGCUUCCCAAGAUGGAGGCUCCGUAGUUACUUUUACUGCUCCUGUCCAAAUAAACCAGUAUGGCAUUGUCCAGAUCCCCAAUUCAGGAACAAAUGGCCAGCUGCUGAACGGAAGCAUUGGUUUUUCUUCUCUGCAGCUGCCUCCCGUUUCUGUGGCAGCUUCACAAGGUAAUGUUUCAGUAAAUCCCAGCACAUCUGAUGGAGGAACUUUUACGACUGAAUCUUCAACAGUGCAGCAAGGAAAAGUUUUCUUCAGCCCCCUCACUCCAAGUGCAGUCGUUUAUACGGUUCCCAAUUCAGGCCAGGCAGUAGGCUCUGUCAAGCAAGAAGGACUGGAAAGAAGCCUUGUGUUUUCUCAGUUGAUGCCAGUCAGUCAGAACACACAACUAAAUGUAAACAUGUCUUCUGAAAAUAUAUCCAGCGGAGGACUCCAGUCCCUGGCCUCCUCGUUAGUGAAUGUAACACCCACACAUAAUUUUUCCCUCACACCAACUCUUUUAAAUGCUGCAGAACUGAACUCUGGUAUCUCGGAGAGCCAGUCUAUGUCAUCACCCAUGACCAGUACCUCUACGGUGAUAUCUAUCAGCAACACUAACUAUGCAACCCUUCAGAACUGCUCCCUCAUUACCAGUCAAGAUCUGUUGUCCAUUUCUACAGCACAGCCCGCACUUGGAGAAAUAAUUUCUACCAGUGGAGACCGUGUCAGCCACCCCUCUGCACAAGUACAUCAAGAUUUUGUCAGAGAGCACAGCCACGUCCCGCUGGCUCCACACAGCGCUGCUGAUGGCGGUCCCGGUGGCACAGCGCCGCGAGCCGCCUCCCGGCCCUGGGAGCAUCUCUCCCCUCUCUGCCUGGGGUUGACCUGCCUCACACUCUGCAGCUGCCGAAGUAAAUCCAGUUACUCAGGAACAGCCCUAAGGUAGAGAGAAACAAUUGCCUUGUUGCCCAACUCCUUUUCCUUCCCAGAAGCAGCAUGCAUGACUCAGUCCUGCUGUUCAUAGUGCUUCCCUUUGCCAUGCUUUGGUUUUGCCUGAGCAGUAGGACUGUGAUAAUAUUUUCCUGCCCUGCAGAUACCAAAUUCCUGAUUGAUCCCUGGACGGCAGCUCCAUCCAGCUUUGCUCGGAGCGCGGGCUGAGAGUCUAAAGAUGUCCUUCAACCGAGCUGUGAGCAGCUUCUUCUCUCAUUUCUGCCGUGUGACAGAGCCAGGGGGGGAACCACCACAGCUGGGUUGGCUCCAGCCAGGGAAGAUCCCCUCCAGGAGGGGGUUUCUGGCUGCGCAGCCCCUGCACACGAGCAGACAAAAGUACGGAGGGUUUGAGGGCAACUGAGAAGCGGAAAGUCUCAGCAUAUGCAAAUGUCAAAAUUCUCCCUGAGCAGCCACCCAUGCGGUAUGCAGGAUGAAUCAUGUCCUAACGGAGCGCAUUCCUGCUACUUUGGAGGGCUUUGCAGAUGUGUUCCAGGUCACCCUGGGCGAGAAAACCACACACAGCCACGGUUACUUCUUCACUGGCAGCUUGUGUGCAGAUGGAGAAAAGGGGGACAGCACCUUCAGAAGGGUCAGCAGCUGGGUCCCCAAGCCCCUGCCUUUCACACGGGGCCUGGGGAUGCUGGAGAGAGGACCAGGGCUGCCAGGGCAGUAGCUGGGAUAAAGCUGAUAGCAGGCUUGGCGAGACGGGCGGUUGCUCUUGAUCUAGCGGGGAGACAAACUGGGAAGGCAGGCAACGUUGGAAGACAGCACUUUUUAUCCUCUGUUCUGGCUGGAUUUUCCCCGGUGCCAGAUCAGAAGGGAAUUUUCCUGCUCCAAGAGGCAGAGGUUGGGUCAGUAAAACAAGAUCUUAAUAUAAAUAGUCUUGGCUUGGAAAGCAGAGGUCUCCUUACAGGGUUUGCAUCCCCUGUUGUAGUGAUCUCUGGCUGCAGAAAGCUUUGGACUGGAGUCUCAGGACAGUAUAUCUCAGUUAUGGAUACAGAUCACAUUUUUAAUAUAAAAAUACAUUUUAGAAGGAAAAUUAUUCCCAGAAAUAGGAAUUCAUCUGCCAAACAAUGUGCACAUAACUGACUUUACACUUAGAGGUGCCAGAAAGUUCAGGAAUGAGACCAACAAUAAAAAACCAACACACGUGUGAAAAAUCUACGACAUUAAAGCCAGAUUCAAUAAAAAUAGCACCUAGUUUAUAUGCUGCAGAAGCUGGCACACGCCUGUGAAAACCGAAGGAAAAAGAUAAAAUGUUCAGAAGUUGCACGAAGUCCAGAGGAACUGAGCAGCGCUGGAGUAGAGCUGAUGGUUACUUAAUAACUCAUGUACAAUAUUCUCAAGUGUAAGUACUUUAAUUCUUCAUCCUGCUACUUCUCGGGCAGAAAGACCCAAUUUGGAAUACUUUGGGCUAAUCAAUAAGCUUUGUUGUUGCAGCCAAAGUGCUUUGCAAUAGUUCUUAUGUUACCCAAAAGAACUCCAGAAUGUUACACCGCACCAUUUUCUUUUCUAUUCUGCAAACUGACAGCCAAUUAUUUUGGUGUUAGUGGUAUCCCUUAUAUCGCUUGCAGCUGUAAAACGCAGCCCCUCCCCUGAGGAGCUUACAGUAUACAGAAAUAAAAGCAACCCGAGCUGGGAGGGGAGAGGAGCAGAGGGAGAAGAGGUGGUUUGCCCGGGGCGGUGCUGGCAGUGGGUGGCAGAGGCAGGUUGCAAAGCCAGGUCUCUGACUCCCCCUGUUGCUUUGCCCACUGGCUCAUGCUGCCUCCCCAGGAGCCCAAUCCGGCUCGGAUGCAAUGCCCCCUGACAGCAGCAGGAGGACUUGCUGCUUAUGCCAAAGCUACGUUUGCUUCACUCGUUUAUUUACUACAUUUACAGCCACCUUCUGAUGCCGACCUAUAGCCACAUAAGCCUCCAGCAAAGCCCUGUCGAUGACUAGACUGGCUCUGGACUGGGAUCACUGACCCUCCAAACACUCAGGCUCCAGAAAAAAAUGCUCCUGCAUGAAUCACCCCAUCAGGGUGAUGCACACGCGAGCCCUGAAAGACUCCAAAGCCACCCACUUCCAGAUCAAGGCAAUUUGAGAAAGGUUUGACUCAUCUCCCACCAAGUCCAAGGAGCUGAGGGGGGAGAUGUGCUCACAGGAGGUGAGAAUGGGUUAGUCCAGAGCCUGAGCUGUGCAUGCUUUUGCAUGUCCUAAGCCAGUAGUUUCUUAAAAUAAUAAGAAAAAAAUGACAGCUAAGAGCCUACCCAUGCCCUAGGAAGAUGUUGGGGAUUUUGCUGUUUACUGCUGCCUAAGCAAACAAGGGCAGGCAGAGGAUCAGAAGGCGGUUCUGGAAGGCAACACUUUCUAUACCAACCCAAGCACAUUUGCAACAGACAUACAAAUAUAUAGCUUGCCUCUGUUAAAAAACGUUACCUGUUUUGCUGUAUGCAUGCAGGUGGAAGUGAGCACUGACCAAAGACUCUCUCUCAAAAAAAAAAAAAUUCUUUAUUUUGAGGUUCACUAUGAAGUUGCAGAAGGGGCAGCCUCCGCUCCUGCUUGCAGGCAACAUGUAAUAGAGUUCAGUCCCAAAGCUCAGAGAGUGAACCAGGCUGAGGCCCAAAACCCCCAAGCUAGUGCAGAUUCCUGACCUGCUGCUGAACAGUGUGUUGUCCCCUUGCUCAAAACUUGUGACAGAACAGCAGCAGAGGCAGCAGGGGUUAACUGCCCUGUUAGUGCUGUGCUGGGAGAAGCAUGCUGGAGCAAUAUCAGUAGGAGAGCUGCAAACUCUAGAGGCGUGAUAUCAUCUGCAUGUGGAGGGAUUUACGCACAUAACACCCCUAUGUAGGGAAUGACAUUAACUUUCUGAAGGGUGAUGUAGCCCUUCUCCUCCUCUUGCCUAUAAAUGUAAUCAUGUUCUCACCAGAGCUUCAAAACAUUGUUCGCAGUACUUCUGAUUCUUGCAUCGCCUGCAGGGCUUGGUGUCCCCCAGAUUUGCCAAGAAAGCAGCCAACACCAGGACAGAGAAGUAAAGCACAUGUAGACACGUCUGCCCACGGGGACAAGGGCUGGAUGAGAGACAAUAGCACGUUCAAGCCUCCAGGUCAGCAUGCACCAAGGUUCUUCAGCUGAGCCCCCACAGCAUCUUCCCCAUGGUUCCUUUUGCUUGGGAUGCCUCAGGUCCCCCAGCUAAAUUCCAAGAGGGGUGUUUAGGGACUGCUCUCAUUUGCCAUCUUUCCCAUAACCUCUCAGCCCCACAGACCUCUGCAAUAAGAGGGAGGUAGGACCCAGGACUCCCAAAAAGAACUACCUGAAAGCAGGCUGCUGACAGCAGCCUAUUUCCAGGUAUCGCUUUAUCAAAUGGAGCCCAGCCUGGCUGGAAGCGCUCCUGGGAGCGCGGGGCAUACUGCACAUACCGGGCACGGUUGCCUUGCACUGGCCAGCAGCGCUGCAGAACGCCCGGUCCCAGGACAGAGAUCAAGCUGUGCCAACCAGCCCUCCCUAGGCUCGGCCAGGGCAACACUGACAAUUUACUGUCCUGGUAGAGGGUUGCCAGGCGGACAUUUGGCAUCUCCUGCUACACACAGCAUCAGGGCUGGCAGUCUUGGUAAAACCACUUCUGGCCUUAGUGUCUGGGAAAACCUUCUUACAGCUACUGGGGGGGAGGGUGUGUGUGUGUGUGUGUGUGUGCAAACCAAAGGCAGAGCUAACCUAAAUAUCAAACCAGGAGAGCUUCAUCCCAUUCCUUUAGAAAUGUCACUCCCAGCAAAUAGACUACUUGACCAGUUGCUCUUGGUUUGUAUUUGUUACCCAAUAAUGGCAGCAAGUAUUGCUAACAUAUACACAGCUCAGAAGGGCCCCUGUUCCUUCCAAAAUUUCCUGCAAAGAUAUGAAUGUUUACAGUUUGGGUUGCAAAAGCAACUUGUUCAGGUGAACGAUGCUCACAAUGAACCAGGAAUAGUCACUUGCCAAUUAAAGUACAGUGUAGAGCCUAUUUCUGCUCAUUUCUUAACUAUUCUCAAUUCUUAGGAUCUUUUUACAAACCAUAAUAAAUUAAAUAUCCCUGUGAAAUAAGCAGCUGAUAUUAACAUAGACUCACAAGACUGGAAGGCAAUAGGAGAGGCAUAUCUAAACCCAAAACUAGACAACACUCCUGCUUAGCCUUUACCAGAGCCAGGUCCAGUGGAAGAAAUGCUUCCUGCCUCGCAAGCUCCGCUUCCAUUAUAGACAGCGCAGCCCGUGUUUCCAGAGCCAGGACUUCACCCUGUGAAACUUGUGCAGAAUCAUCGACUUGUCUUACAGUUUUUCUCACCUUGGUGUAAUUCCUGUAUUUAAUAAGCACACCCUCUUCCAACAUCCAGCAAGUUCCUGAAAAUAACAGGCUAGCACCGUGCUUAGUAGAAACCCUUGCUCAAGAGAUUGUGGUAUUUUGACCUGGAACCACAAGAUAAUCACUGUUUCAGAACAAUUUCCCACUCAUCCUGCAGGGGCUUUGCCCAGAUCGCAUUUCCUCAUUUCAUCAGGGCAUGGAACAGCAUCAAAAGGCUGACGGAUGCCAAGUUGUGUCACAUCUAAUGGCUCUUCCCUUUCCAAAUGGCAUAUCAUGUCAUCAAAGGCAACUAGGCUGGCAUGAUAUAAUUUGAGAAUCCCACUUUAUAGCUGGUAGAAACCGAAUCCCAGCGGGUCUGUCAGUAAUGAUAUAUUCCAGGUAAUACAGGAUUGAAAUCUCCUGGCCCCAGGUCUCAGUCUUAAACUUAAGCAAUGAUCUGAUUUGCCAACUUUCACAAUUUAUGAGCUUUGCAAUACUUAGUAGCUGAUGAGAGAGGGGAAGUAGGCAUGGGGGAUACGGCCACAGCUUCCUGCUCAACUUCAUUCUUAAAUUCUUGGAGCUAAAAAAUAUAAAUAAAUUUGGAGGUGCUGAAGGUCUCCAAACCAAAGUACAUAUCAAUAUGGGUAUAUCACAUUUAUCUAACUGUAUAUAAGUAUCUCAAAGAUGGUGUCACCUCAUGCUUUCUGAACCUUUGGGUCUGAUAACACUGUGUGCAACAAGACACUUCAAGAGAAUAAACCAGGUAUCAAAAGGUACCACUAUAGAAAUAAAAUUAAUAAAUGGUCUACAAAUACAGGAGAAUAUUUGUC